GUUAUUUUAGUUGAAUGUUUUAUAUUAAUAUUAACUAAACUGCCAAUAGUACUUCAAGUUACCGAUUUUUCAUAUACAAAGACGUAGUUUUUUAAAUUCUUAUUUUUUGUAAUCUAUUAUAUUUUCCUGAACGUAAAAAUAAAAGAACCUAUUAUUAACUUUAUAGUUCUUGUGAUAACCUUUGCUUGUAACACAACUAAUCUAUUAACAUUUUUAAUGAAGAUUUUAAUGUUUGUUUUAUGAACUUAUGAAGUUUUUAGUCGAUAUCAUGACUUCUAAAAUCAUUUCUGCGUGUGAUUUUCAUUCUUAUAGAUUUUCAAUCAGAUGUGAAUAACCACUGAAGUUGUUUUUUUUCUAUAAUUAUUAACUGACAAAAUUUCUUAACGACAAAAAAUUUAAUGUUUGUUAAAAUUUAGUAAGCGAUUACAAGCAAACGGGACCAAAUAAAAAUUGAAUUAUUAAAAAUCAAACAAGCGUUCUUUCUAACUUUUAAAUAACAAAACUGACUACUUAAUAUUAUUAUUUAAAAACACACGAACAAUUCUAGAACAUUCUAGGCGAUUUGAAAAUAUAUACAUGCUUAAUUUUAAUUUUACAUUUUAUCCGAAUGAAAUGUUAUUAUAUGUUAUAAAUUUUAAUUUAUUAUUUUUAGCCAUACUGAUUUAUUAGCAAUUUUUAAUGUUUAUAAACAUACCAUAGGUUAAGUAUCUUUUAAAGAUUUUUAAAGUUAAUUUAGCAAAGAGUGAGCUUUAUGAAUAUAUAUCCUUAUUUUCUGAGAUAUAAUUUAGGACAAGAGAUGCUGUCGAGUGUCGAGUCACAUAAAAUGGAACAAAACCAACAAUACUUAUAUCCGGACCGGGUUGGCAAAGACCCGUUAUUUAUUUUUCAGUAAUUAUUAUUUUUCAUAUUUUUUUCCAAAGCAAUUAAUUAAAGAUAAGUAAUUCAUAGGUAUAGAUAUUUUAGUAGACAUAAGCAAUACUGCCAAAUAAAAAAAUAUCUAUAAAUUUGUAAUAAAAAUAUUAUUUGGCAGUGAGUACUUUGCAAUUGUAUUUAAGUAAUGGUUGUAUGAGAUCUUACAAAAUAAUGAGAUUAUAUUUUUUCCAGCAUUUAAAAAUUAAGGUCAUCCAGGAAAUUACUUCACGUAGAUUUCAAUACAAUUUAAUAAUGUAUGCACUGUAGAAUAAAAAUUCAAAUGUUGAAAAAAUACAUUUAUAAUUAAUUACUUACUGGUUGUACCACUUGCGCAGUUGGGCGAGUUAAAAUGUUCUGUUCAGACACAGAUAAUGAAUAUCCGUAUGCCGCUAGGUAUGGUGCGGAGGGCGGGUCGGCUAGCGCAAGUGAGGGAGCACCCUUACCAGCGCACAGCCUUACCGGCGCCUUAAUUCCCGCCAAAACGCUCUCGCGCCGCCAUUUUGUUCACAAGGUGAGUGCUAACGGCGCUGAGGAACUAACAGAAGAUGCGGCCGCCCGCCUACAACGGACCCCUAGACGUCGCGUAACAUAUUCAUCGGAACAUCGAUCACCAUGUAGCUAUAGCUGUUGGGCCUUUCACGUUAACAUAUACUAUGUAUUUUAAUAGUCUAACUAUUAACAAUUAUAUGCCUGUUAUGUUUAUAACAUGAUGAACUUUAUUAACAUUAUAUUUUUUUUCGAAAUGGCACACGCCAUCGACUAUAUUUACUGUAUUGUAUUGUACUGUCGCUUCAACGUGUUGUUGUUAGAAUUUUUUAGGUUUACCCCUAUAUCCCUUGACGACGCUAAAUCUAGUUAAGUAUGCAAUUAUUUUAAGGUUAUUAAAGAUAUAUUUAUUACUUAUAAAAGUUUAUGUGAUCAAUAUUUUUUGAAUAUCACAUUAUAUAUUUUUAAAUUUAGCGUCGUCUUAAUAUAGUUUUUUUUUUCAAAUGAAACACUGUCCUUGCUAUUUUUUAGAAAACAAACAUUUAUUAUUUCACAGAACAGUCUAAAGUUAGCAACAUGGCUUAUUUCUUGGAAAACAUUUUUUUUGCAUACAUAAAAGUAAAUUAUUAAAAGAAUAAUGUUCUUUUUAUCGAACAAAACAUUUUAUUCCAAAUAUUUGUUAUUUUUAUCGGAACACAAAAAUUUUAAACUAUAUUUAAAGUUAUUUUUAGAUUACAAUUAUAGUUUAAAAAUUUACUUAAAUUCUUGUUUAUAUUUUCAAUACUUAUACAGAGUAAUAAAAUAUAGUUAAAGAUAUCUAACUAAUUAAAUAAAAGUACAAAAUGCUUACAUGCUUUCACAAUUUCUUUAAGUUGCUAUAAAAGGAAAUUUACAAAAAAAAAAUAAGAAGAUAAAUCCAUGUCAACAUUAUUGCAAGAGGCAACACCUAAUCACAAGAAGAUAAUAAAUGUGUGUAAGUAUGCAUAUCGUAAAGAAUAUUUAGUGCUUUGCGUAUUUUUUUUAAAUUGUACUGAUAUUCAGUUUAUAGUCUUUUAAGGUAUUUCCAUGGACUUAUCAACUUCCAUGCAUAUAUUUCGACAGUAUAUUAUCAAAAACCAAAGCCAAAGAGUAUAACUUAGGUUUUUUGAAAACUAUAUCCAAAAUAUUGAAUUGAAAUGAGUCUUCCUUUUUUUUGAACACAGUCGAGUUGAUAAGUGCAUGGUAAUUAUUUGAAUCUUUUACAUAAACAUUAUAUAAAUAGCAUUAUAUUUUAUAUUAUCUCUAGUGCUUAAUAUUUAUAAAUAACAUAUUGAAUAUUUUGUGCAUCUCAAGUGCCUUAAUCAAUGUACAAUAUUUCCACCUACGUGGUUCUAUAAUAUACAAAUUGUUAUAUGCUUAUUUUAUAAUUAAGUAAAGAAGAGAUUAAAUUAUUGUUAACUUGCUAAAUGUUAAUGUUUAUACUUUAUAAUCAUUUUUAAAUAUGAGCACAUCGGAUAAUUAAUCUCCAUUUUUAAAUAUUGUGUAGAUUUUGUAGUUAGUAGUACUAGUGCCUUCGUUGCAAUCUCUAGAGAAUCUCUUAAAGCAUAUGUUCUUUCACUUUAGAAGAAUAUCUGGUAUUGUUCAUGUGGACUUUGGUUUUCAUAUGAUCGUAUAAAAACUAACACUGGUCACUUAAUCUCAAGCUAUAAUUACAAACGCAACUAGGGCAUUAAUUGUUCAAUUAAGCUAAUUGUGAUGUACAUAGCAUAUUUAGAGUUUUUCGAAAGCAAUAAUAUUUCAAUAACUAUUACUUAAAUUAGUGCAAUAGGAAUGUUAUUUCGGUUGAUAUUUUAUUAAACAAGUCUCGAUUAGACAUAUCGAGAAAAUAUUACAUUUAAUAGAGAGAUCUGAUAUUGAGAUUAAAAAUAUAACUAAUCGAUUAUCACAUUCGUUAAUUGAGAGUAAAAUUAUUUUAUUAAUUAGCUUAUAACAUAUUAUGGUUACAAGUUUGACUUCGGUACCAUUGAAUAACGUAUUUUGAUAUAUAUUAUAAACAUUAUUGUUACACAUCUUCAAUGAUAACAUUUAAUCAAAUUUUCUAACCUCUAAUAAACAAUAUUUAAAAAAAUAAAAUGAAAUAGUUCGAACAACUUUUCAUCUUCACAUAAUAUAACCUAUUUCAAAUAAACUUCCUCCGUCCAUAGUUACUUCAUAAUUUAAGUACUUAAUUUGUUGGUCUCUUACUCAUUGCUUGAAUUACUACAGUGCGCUAGAACAACUCAAUCUUUACCAGUUUAAAUAUUUUUUUUAAAUUAUUUAAAAGAGUUUUCUUUUAAAUGUUUUUUUAUGAAAUCAAAAACAUUUUGUAUUAAAUUUUAAAAAUAUACACAGUAUAUUAUUUUAGUAAAUUCAUAUAUAAAUCAGAAUGUAGUACAUAUAUAUAUAUCAGUUACUCUAUGUUUCUACCAUACAUACUGUCUUCCGCUUUUAUUUUCUAUAUAAUAUUUUUGUUAGAAAAUACAUUAGAACUUUCAACGGUUUGUGUUUUUAGGGCUUUAAGGCAAAUAUAUAUUAUAUAAAUAAAAAAUAUUACUUCAUGUCAUUUUCAUAAAAAUCAUACGAUGUUAAUUGAUGAAGGAAUAAGUAAACAAUUAGUUAACAGCAGGCGCUAGCAUUUGAGUUAAUUAUCUAAAUCUUUAACUGUCGACAAAGAUGAUACAAUCUAUCUGACUUUUCUUUUUCUUUGAUUAUCUGUCACGGACCUGAUAUAUAAAUUUUUACUUUCUGCUUUCAUCAUGAACUCAUAUAUUAUAUUCUUAAGAUUUAGGCUAUUGCGUAACGGUAGUUUUAGGUAAUUAUACUAAUUUCAUACAGAGAUUUCACUUCAUGCGUCAUUAAAAUGAAAUAAAAAGCAUUUAUUCAGAAAUAGAAAAAUGCAAUGCCAUAGUUCGAUUUACAAAAUCAACGAAUCUACCAGAAUAUCAACAGAUUGUGAUGGAAUGAUAAUAAUAAUGUACAAAUCAAUUUGACGGUCUGCUAAGUAAUUACCUAGUAAUAAUGUUGUUUCAAUACGAUAAAGUGCAAUUCGUUUCUUGAAACAUUUUUGUGCCAUCAAGCAGACAAUGUUAUGUCAUUGUUUUUUUUAUAAUUUGUACUUAUUGUAUUUACAUUAUGGCAAUUCACUGAAAAAGUGCCUUAAUAUGAACCUUGUAAAUACUUAUAUUAUUAAAAUAUUCAUUAAAGUAUUACUUUUAGAGGAAAAUGAAUUCUUACAAUUGUUUUCCAAAAACAAUAUAAAGCUAUAUCUACUUUAUCGGUUUAGUUAAUAAAGAUUGUGCAUAUUACUUAUGUCUGUUUUGAUGUGUGUUUAAGAUUGAUUUGGUAGUAGUAAAUAUAUUAUUUAGAAAAUGU